AUGGAAACCACGUCACAGCGCACACGCGAGCUACAGGCCGAGUUCAGUGGACCGGAACAGACAGACGAUACACUGGGACACCAGGGGCCUCCGAAAGUCAGGUGGAUUCAUCUUCCGGUGAAUAAUAUGAAAUGGCAUGAAGAUGUGUGUUUGAAGCUGAACUCUGAGCUCAAGCUCAAAGAAGUUGAGGAAACGCUCACAAAUUAUGAAUGA